AUGUCCGUCGUUCUUCCCCUCUGUGUCUCUUGUCUUCAAUGUCCCGUGAUUCUUCCUCUCUAUCUCUUGUCUUCCAAUGUCCCCGUGAUUCUUCCCCUCUGUAUCUCCUUGUCUUCCAAUAUCUGUGAUUCUUCCUUCUCUAUCUCUUUAUCUCUUUUGUCUUCAAUAUCUUCCCCUCUGUAUCUCUUUGUCUUCAAUGACCCAUGUGAUUCUUCCUUCUGUGUCUCUUGUCUUCAAUGUCCGUGUGAUUCCCUCUGUAUCUCUUGUCUUCAAUGUCGUGUGAUUCUUCCCCUCUGUCUCUUGUCUUCCAAUAUCUCUGAUUUUCCUCUGUGUCUCUUGUCUUUGUAUCUCGUGUUCUUCCCCUCUCAUUCUUCCCCUCUUCCUUCUGUAUCUCUUGUCUUCACUGUCCGUGUGAUUCUUCCCUCUGUAUCUCUUGUCUUCAAUAUCUCGUGA